AGUUGGCGAGCAGCGAGCGACAGUAUGUGCGCUCGCGGUGUGUUGUGGAGCUGCCGCGGCCGGCGCUGCGAGUGUUAGUCGCUGCUUCUACCAAAGGUCAAUGACACCGCGCUCUGCCUCCGCUCCGAACAGCAGCUCGGUGCCGGUGUGAUAAUUAUGAAUGUGCACUACCUGCUGAUCACGAAGGACACAAUUACUACGCCGCCCUCAGAAGCCUCGCCGUGAACCACCGCUGCUCGCGUGCCACCGAACCGGCCCUGAGGAUAAAAAAAAACAAGGACCUCGCAGAAAAACGGACACACAAAAGAGUUGCGUCGCCCAACACACCUGUUAUGCAACCCUCCGGACGCCUUCGCCAUUGUUGUGUCUAGAACUGCGCCGGGCACUGGAUUGUUGCGAAAAGUGAUAUUGGUGUCCAUGCACGUCUCGCCGAUUUUUCACAAUUACUCUGGACAACGACAAACUGAAAAGUGAGCACAAUGCAGCCGGCAGAUACUUCCACAGAACCAAAAAGAAUAAUGAGCGCAAUGGCGGCCUCACCCCGCGAAUUGCAGAUUAUGAGCCUCUUUCAGGACAUCAAACUGAAGAGGCACAAAGUCGACAGCAGAUGCAGCAGUGACGGUGAAAGUACUGCUGAAAUUUCCUCUCCUGAGAGUGCAAAUAUGGCUCCUAAUGAGGAAGAAUCGCCACGGCCCCCGAGCAGCCCGGUGUUGAAAGUGGAAAGAGCUUCACCGGGCCCCGGCGUAAUUACUGAAAAUCCAAGGCCAGAUGUAGUUCCUAGCACAAACCCUGAGGUCACACAACCAAUAGAGGACAACAGUGUAUUUGACGGUGAUACGAGAAUUUCUGCCCAAAUUAAGAUACAUUAUACUGAUUUUCAAAGAAAUAAAAAUUACAUGAAGAGAAGAUGGGAUAAAAGCACAGAAGAAAGCGGCGAACCCAGAACUGUGCUGACAAGGUCGCCGGCCACCCCUCAACAGGCGCCCUCGCAAAGCAGCCAUCCUCAGGCGAUGGCGCACUCGCCGCAUCCGCCGCCGCCCCCGCUGCACCACCUGCAGCCACCAUCCUCAACCCCCACCUCCUCGCAGCCAGUAACCACCAUCAUCUCCAGCAACACCAGUCCACCCUCGUUCUGGCCAGUGUCGGCGCCCAGCCAGGUGAUCACGCAAAACCCGUCCAGCUUCCUCUCCAAGAUGAACAUGGGUGGAGGAAUGCGGCCCAGCGGCCCCCCGGGCAUGAUCCCCAUCAACAAGAGCCCCCAAAGCCAGCAGCACCACCUCAGCCCCAGCAGCAGCGUCAGCCCCCAGCAGCGGCUGCGGACACCAACUGUGAUAAUGGGAGAGGUGGGGGGCGUGCGCACCAUGGUGUGGUCCAACAACCAGCAGCACCAGCAGCAGCAGGAGCACCACAUGCACCCUCACCAGUCCCACAUGCAGCAGCCGCCCCAACAGCCCCAGCAGCAACCCCCUCACCCCUCCAAGCUCAACUACAGCACUGAAGAGCAGAUCAAGAUGUCCGUCGACGGACUCCUCAGCCUCGGCCAGGACAACUUCCACUCCCACCCCCACCCCCACCACCAAGCUCCCCAGCCCAACCAGUCGGUCAUUCGCACGGAGAGGCCGCAUUUCCAAACCCCGCUGAACAUGGAGCGCCUAUGGGCAGGGGAUCUCAGCCAACUGCCCCCGGCGGCGGCGCCUCUGCAGCACCCGGAACUAAAUCCACAGGCACUAAACCUGACCUCGUGGGGUGGAAGGCCGCAACCUCAUAUCAAGAUGGGUUCUGCUCCCAUGAGCACGCACAUGGAAGACGAAGCAGACUACGAGCCGCCCAUGGUGUGCAUGAUCUGCGAAGACAAGGCCACCGGACUGCACUACGGAAUCAUUACGUGCGAGGGGUGCAAGGGAUUUUUCAAGAGGACAGUACAAAACAGACGGGUGUACACAUGUGUCGCGGACGGUAACUGCGAAAUCAACAAAGCGCAGAGAAACCGCUGCCAGUAUUGCCGAUUCAAGAAAUGUAUAGAACAAGGCAUGGUUUUACAAGCUGUCAGAGAGGACCGGAUGCCCGGAGGAAGAAAUUCUGGAGCCGUUUAUAACCUUUACAAAGUAAAGUACAAGAAGCACAAGAAGUCACCGGCGGGGGCUGUAUGCAAGAACCACGCCAUCAACGCGCUGCACCACCCGUCGGCGCUGACCAAGUUGCAGCAGCAGCAGCUGGCCACUGUUGCCCACUUAGCCACCGAGAAGCACAAGGAGUCACCUGGCAACUCUUUGCCGCCUCAUCUUGUCAAUGGACUCAUCCUAAAGACUGCUCUAACUAACCCUAGCGAGGUUGUGCACUUAAGGCAAAGACUGGAUAGUGCAGUAAGUUCCUCUAGGGAUAGACCAGUAAUGCCUUUUGAAGCUAGCUUAAGCCUCAUCCAAACGCUGAUAGACUGUGACGAGUUUCAAGAUAUCGCAACUCUCAGGAAUUUGGAGGAGCUUUUGGACCAUAAGAGCGAUCUCAGUGAAAAGUUGUGCCAGAUAGGUGACUCGAUAGUUUACAAACUGGUGCAGUGGACCAAGAGAUUGCCUUUCUACCUGGAGUUGCCCGUUGAGGUUCACACGCGGAUGUUGACUCACAAGUGGCACGAACUUCUUGUGCUGACGACCUCAGCCUAUCAAGCCAUUCACGGCAAGCCUUUCGACCAGGAGACAGAUUUCAACCAAGAGGUACGCAUUUGUACUAUUUUUUUCUUUACCAGUGUUAAUAUGUUUCUUGAGCAGGUGGCCAACAAUCUAAGCACACUCCAAGCGUGCCUUUCCUCCAUGAUGGGGCGCCACAUUACGAUGGACCAACUAAGGCAAGACGUUGGCUUGAUGGUGGAGAAAAUCACCCACGUCACCUUGAUGUUCCGGAAAAUGAGUCUUCGGAUGGAGGAGUACGUGUGCCUCAAAGUGAUCACCAUGCUUAAUCAAGGAAGGACGGGUUGUGGGGAGCUUGAGAUGAUUCAAGAGAGAUACAUGAACUGCUUAAAGUGCUACGUCGAACACUCGUUCCCGCAACAACCGGGAAGAUUUCAAGAACUGCUUGUGCGACUUCCAGAGGUCCAGUCAGCGGCUGCACUCUUGCUCGAGAGCAAAAUGUUCUACGUACCGUUCUUAUUAAACUCUGCUAUCCAAAGAUAGUGCCACGAAAAGCACAGUGUCCGUGACGUCACUGUGAUCAGAACUGCCAAGUUACCAAGCAAGCCAUCAGCAGGCAGGGAAGAGGACGACCGAGCGGCUCCGAGUAGCAGUGCCUCAGUUACCAUUGUCGCCAACCCGGAGGCUGACUAGAGAUUUUUAACAGGAGCCCUUAGGUUGGACAUUGGCAUUUUAGCAGAAGGAACAUUUUUAAGUAAAAUGUGAACCAAACAAACAAAAGCCUCUGCGUCGGUUGUGUACAUAGAAGAAGAAAAACGAGCAGAGCUGCUGACAGACAUUCGACCCCACCAACUUUUAACUUGUAAUUUGUCGAUUAAGUUGCGAGAGAGAGAUAGAAAGUCCACCUGGCUGUGGAUUGUGACCUUUUGAAAGGGGCUGACAAUCGGCGCUCUUCACACAAACACAUACUGUACAGAAGAACUUCUUAAAUUAUAAGCAUGUUUGUCGACCGAGAGAUAUGUAAAAGAAAAGAGUUUAUAUCACUGUUUAAUUUUGCUGUUAUAAGUAUUCUAGUGAAUUAAUUAAUUGAUUAUUAUGUUAUUGAAAAAAAUACGUGUAUUUUGAAAAGCGAGAGGAAAUUUAAUUCGAAUUAGGUGGUGAUAUAAAAAGUUCAUGUUGUGCAAUUAUUAUCACUUUUUACUUCCAGUGUCAAUCUUCUUGACCUGCUGCUAAUGCAAAAAGAGAGAAGAGAGUCGGUCCUAUAUUGAUGAUAUGCGACUUUUUUCUUUUACUUAACACGUAAAUUAUAGAAGCACUAAAAUGCGUUGAUGCAGAUUAGUACUGGACCGUGCUUUAAGGUUCCUUAAUUUGCCCUGUCCUGCUGCUGGCGUGGCCCGAGUGCGCCCUUUGCUUUUACAGGCUGCACCCCUCUUUGGCUGUUUGCAAGUGCAAUUUAUUCAAACCAAUUAUCUGGACGUCCAUUUUCUAUCGACGGCCGCUGGGUGCGCCGGAAAGGGACACGCUCGGGCCAAGCAGCUAGGCCAGGGCGAGACAAUUAUUGGCAAUGCUGAUGACGUGUGUUGAUUAUUAGUGCUAAAAAAACUAUUCUCUCAAUUCAUCUUCUUCUCCUUUUUCGGUUCUUCAGUAUUUUUGUGGCAAAUCCAAUCAAUUCGCAGCCUCUUUUUGAAAAAAUUCAAUUUAACUCAACAUAUGUAAUACACAAGAAGGCAUACAAACUUUGAUCUCUUCUGGAGAGUUACAGCGGAAUUGUUAAAUUAAGACUUUGAAAAAAAAAUAUAUCUAUGUAUGGAAAAUUCUUCUCACAGACAAAAAUAGACACACCAUACUAUUUAGUGUACAUACAGUUCGUGUUUAAGAGAAAUUUUGGAAGACUGCUGCUGUAUGUUUUUGUCAGUUUUAUCACAAUAUUAAAAUACAAUAAAUCAAUGUUGAAGAUAUGACACACACACAAAACCGCUGUUACAUAAUGGGUAUAUGAAAAAAAAUGAAGCUGUAACCCUAACUCCUAUACUAUAAAAGUGUACUCCUGCCUGCAGAUUCAGCACAUUCUUGAGCGCUUGCACAAAAAAUAAACCAAAAAAUAGCGCGGCUCACAGCCGUCACCUUUUACACAUGUCGUUUUUUAGAGCGAGAUAAAUGAAAUGACACAUCCGCGCUCCUUCUUUUUUCGGGGAGUCUAGCGCCGUGUCAAAAAUCAAUAAAACCAGCGCGACAAGAAUGGGCUGACGAGAGCAGCAACCACUAUGAUUAUACGUCUAAUUGUCCUGAGUUACCAUUUACACAUUUGUCACACAAUGUUUGUUCAUUUUAGGAUCGUUAAUUAUGGCCACAAUUUUUUUUCUUGCAGUGAAAUAGUUUCAUUGCUGCGGGAGUUCAUUUUUUGUUAUCAUUUGCCAAUAAAGUUACUAAUUUUUAGAAAGAAGAAU